AUGUCCUCCAAGGUGGGAUCAUCAUCGAUUCCGUUCGCGGUACGGACUUCGUUUGUGCGAUGUAUUCAGAAGAGACUCUUCCGUAUCUGUGCCGUUUGUACCAUACUCUUUCUUGGCGUAACGAUACACCUUACUCGCGAAACCCUUCCUCAACACCAUGCGCCGUUUGAGGCACCGGAAACGAAGCUCGUUGUCCACGGCGAUGUCUUGGACGGUCUACCAGAACCUGCAGACGAUUUGCAACCAUUCCCAUAUUCGCCAAUGGUAGCGGACGACAAUGCCAACAGCAGUAAGGAACACGUAUCAUGGCUUGCGGCAGUCAUAUCAACGGCAUCGGAUGUUGAGCGCCGAAUGCUCAUCAGGUCAACUUGGAUGAGGCUCUAUGAGGACGUUCCGUUUGAUGGUCGGUUUGUGGUCUCGAAUCCCGGGCCGCGGUGGAUGGAAGUUGUCUCGCGCGAGAAUAAUACGUUCGGCGACAUGAUUGUCCUUGAUCAUAUUCAAGAAGACGAUGUCACUGCGAAUACGAUAAAGACUCUCGAAUUCUACAAGUGGCUUGUCAACAAAAGCCCAAAAUACGAGUUCGUCUCGAAGAUGGACACAGACUUGUGGCUAAAUGCCAGGGGAUUCUGGGACCGGUUCCUUCAACCCAGGUUGUCGAUGAAUAAUGACAGUGGACGUUUUGAGAGUACCCUCAAUCGGACCGUCAUCGGAGAGCUGUACUAUUCAAAGUAUUGGGAUCUCACUUUUCCUCACGGAGCCAUGUACACGGUGACGUGGGAUAUGGUUGAGCUGCUUUCGUCACUUCAGGAGAGGUUCAAGGUGGUCACUGGAGAGGACAUGGCUGUUGGGACACUCAUGCUGAAGGGACGUGAGCGGGCCAGUUUCAUCAACUUCAAAGGCUCGGAGAAAUUUGACUACGACGACCGCGAUGCGCGACAGGACGGCUCAGCGUGGGCAAGGAAACACACGCACCCGAAUUCAAUCAACCACGCGCUUGUGGAGGACGAUCCCAUCGCCGUCCACCAACUCAAAGAUGAGGCAUACUGGUUCAAGGUGGCGGAUUGUUUUGAUGAGGACGGGGUCAAGUCGAUGCCGCCACAAUCCAAGUAUGAGACCCAAAGGCCCAUGUCGAUGCGAUGGCACGAUUUCUGGUAUUCAGUGGGCGUCUCAAGUCGAUACGAGUCGAGGUUUGAUAAGAUACCAGAGUUUCUUUGGACAUUGGAAAACGGCGAUUGGAUAUGCGAUGACAUUUGGAACUUGGGAAAGACCAAGACGGGUUUCGUCGAGGAGUAG